UGAAUGUAGUCUGGUGACUGGACCUCCUGUUCAGGCGAUAAAAAUAGCAAUUUGUGUUGGCGGGGAUCAGAUGGCAAUUUGUGUACAUAUUUUGACAGGUUGAUAAACAACAUGUGGAACACGUGUGUGUGAAGCAAACCAGGUGAAACGAGGCACCAGCAAGAAAAGUUAUUACUUGAAACAGUGCACCAGUGGCAUGGAUUAAGUGGCUGAUUCUGCUGAUGGCACAGAGCCUGGAAGUAGUAAUGCUGUUUGGACCACCUUUCGCUGGGAAAACGGCAUACUACAAACACCACCUUAAGAGGAGUCAUGAGAGGGUGUCAGCUGUCGAUCUGUUCAGAGAAGAUUCAGACCUGGGAUUGAGACAGGUCAUCUUAAAAAUUGUAUCUCUACUGAAACAAGGAAAAAGAGUAGUCAUUGACGAUGAAAAUUGGUCAAAGAGUACGCGACUGUCGUAUGUCAAGUCCAUAUCAGCUAAGGUUCCUAACUGCAAGUUUCGCUGCAUAAAAUUCAACACUGAUGGACCACUUGCCCUCCACUGGUUGCAAGAAUGGUCUCUCGCAAAGAGCAUUCUUAGUUGUGACGAGAGGUCAUUGGAUGAUUGGGCUCGGUGUGAAGCCAGGAUAUCACGAUGGUUUGGAGACGAUGUUACAGGACGAAGACCAGAGAUACCUACGGCAGAGGAGGGCAUAAGUCUUCAAGAUAUCCAGGUCAAAUUGGUCGCUGAUGAUGUGGACUAUAAGUUCGAAGUUCCUGCUCUCUUCAUCGAGUGGGAGGGCAUUUGUCAACAAAAGGAAGAUGGAACUAACCGAUCCCUUGAGGGUACCAGGGAAGUCCUACAGACCUGGACAUCGUGCAACCCAUGGGGGCGCAUUAUUAUCAUCUCACACGGGUCAUGCAGUGAUGAUGCUAUAUCAAAGGUGCCCGACAAUUGGACGGUCAUCAGCAUGAAGCAGGCCCUGAUGGACCUCUGUCAGUCUCUUCCAAGCCCUGUCUACUUUUACCACCACUCAGACCCAAAAUCCUCUCCGUCUUUUGCCACACCCCCUCAGCCUGGUACCCUAGCGUUCCUUCAGCGGUUUCACCAUAUCCACCUGUGGCAUAGGGGCACCUUGUACCUCUAUCAUACCAUGGAUCAUGCAGACGGGGCUCGUGCUGCUGGAGUGAAUUGUCUCAAAGCAGCUGCGGCCCUCCAGAGCCCUAGCUUGGUGUGCCUGAGCCAGUGCUCUGCCAGAGAGGAUCCAGAUCCUAUUUUGAAAGACAUAAAGCUGAUUGGUCAUUCUGAAUUGGAUCAGCAGAGGUCAACACCCAGAAUUCCUUUGUACUCUGAUGCUGUUGCAUCAGGGGAGAAAGUAUGUUUUGUCCUGGAAUCUGACUGCAGACGAACUCUUGGAAUCUGCUUCAGAGAUAGGAAUACAUUAGACAGGUAUCAAGAGCUGUAUGCGGAAACAGCCACUAAGAUAAUGGCCUCAGGGACCAAAAUGGUCACCUGCAUUCCAGACAACCCAGUCAUUAAUGGACAGAGACAAAUCACUGACAGUGUUGACUCAUCUCAACAAGAGGCCGUGACAUCUCAACAACCAAUCACCCUGACAGCCUCCAAACCUGAGACCCAGCAGACCACACGAGGGCUCCCUUCUUGGAUGCUGUCCCAGAGCCUCAAGAAGACCAAGAAAGUGGAUCGGCUGAUUGGUGGUGAAUCGUUUGAGGACAGUAGUCUGGAAGAACCAGCAAGGAAGAAGAAAAGUGACGUGUCUCCACUGCUGAGUACUGUCUACUGUAUGAGUCCUGCCGAGCUGUGUGAGACUGCAUGGAUGAUUCUGAAAGAGGAUCAUGAUCUUGACAGCUCCCGGCAAGCAGACCGAGAAGAUUCAUCAUUAUCCAGAGAAACUCAGGAGCUAAGGACAAUCACAAAAGAUGCUUCCAUCCUAGUUAACCACUCAGAGGAUAGCAUAUCAGCUGAAUCAAGGAGUGACAUGCACACAGAGUCUGGAGGAGAGGAGGCACGUCUCCUUGACGACAUCUUUAUGGUCUCGUCGCCAGGCAUGAAACCACCUCCAAGAAAAGCAAAGUUUCCUAAGAAGAGUCAGAAGUACUCUAAUAGUUCCUCUGCCCGUCCUGAGUGUUAUGCCCCUGAGACUGUAAUGAGUGUUCCAGAGACUGCUGGCUACACUGCAGCAUCUAUAGGACCAAAGGAAUCUACCAUUGCCCUUGUAGGUGAGUCCUCUACGAAACAGAUCGAAACAGGGACAAAAGAAAGCAGAGGGCCUGAUUUCUCCUUUUUGGAUGACAUAUUUUGAAAUCAGUGCUGUUUCACUUCACAUAGCGAUUGUUUUAAAAUAAUGCUUCACAAUAUUCAAUAACCUAAACACAGAAUAGCCAUUCUUUAAGUAUGCAUCCCACAAAGUGUAAUGAGUGUUUAUUUAUGCUAACGUGCCCUUUCAAAGCAUAUUCAAAUUCGGGACUUAAAAUUCUAGCUACUGGUUUGGAGUGGUUUGAAGGGUUCUACGAGACUGUUUACAAGCUAACUGCAUUAAUGCAGUAGCUAAACCACAGAGUGAAGGUUAUUACCUCUAUAAAGAUUUGUUCCCUCCAUUUUGCAUAGCAGGAAGCACUUUGUUUCCGCCAUUUUAUGACAUGCUUUCUAAAAAAAAUAAAUGAUUGAGUUACCAACAGGACUUGCAUCAAAUGGACCUCACCUGGUGUUUUUCUCAGCCGUAAAAGCCAGAUGAAGGAGCUUUUAGAUCCUCGUUCCUACUGAAAUUUCAUGAAGCUGAAGGUUUCAAAGCAAUUUUAGCAAUAUUCAAUAUUUAGUUGGAACGGUCCUUUUUUUUUCGCCCGAGGAGAGGGAGUGUUUGAGGGUAGAUAAUUAUGGAAUGUCCCACCAUCUCCAAACAUCCUUCCUUUAUCUACCCCUGUAUACAAAAAAUCAAUGUCUUCUAUUUUUUCUGCCAUUUACAGAUUUUUUGGUCAUUAUAUCAGGCUUGUAUAUUUCAUUGACGUUUUCUUUGGUACAAGUGGACCUAGUCAAAAUAAAAGGCCACUUGUUUAAAUAAAUUGGCUUUUGUUUGGACUUUUUAUCCAAAUAGGGUUUGAUUUUGUCAAUAUGGCUAAAUUUCACUGGAAUGAGGAAUUAUUAACUGUAUUAGUGUCAGCCAUUGAGUCAAGAAUGAAAUUCAGGAUUAAUGAUGAUGUGUUCUUGAUUUGAUCCUGACGAAAAGACUGUUAAAUAGUCCUCUGCUUUAAAACAAAUUCAAAGCUCACGACUAACUGAACACUUGCUACUGAUGAAUGAGAGAAUAAGUAGUGGGAAAUGGAAAUCAAAUAGGCCUCGCCAGCGAUCAAUCAUUUUUCUUUGUCUCCAAUGGGCUUUUCCUUUCUCUUUCAGUUUUUCUUCCCUGUCGUCGAUUAAAUUUGCCCCCGUUGUUUUUCCGUGUGUUUAGGGCAAACAGUGCGAUCACGUUCUGUUUAAAAGCCAUGCCUGGAGAUUCCUGCACAAAUACAGGGCAUUUUUGAGUGUCCAUUGGUGCGAGACUGGUAACAUGGUUUGCUUUUUAUCAGCUGAACAAGAAGCGACGCCAUUCGGUUAGCCUCCUGUCAGGUUUCUCGACGGUUGAUUUAUUGAAGACUUUUAAUAUUAAUUAAAACACGGCUAAUUCUGGUGUAUGGGCUCUUUAUGGGUUUGCAAUUUUCGUUGUAAUGACAAAAGGCGCCAUUUUGGACGAACGCUUUUCAUAUCUGUUGCUAGGCGCUGGCGAUGCUAGAUUCGACUUCAGGAGUUAAGAGAAAUUGACCGAGCUUUCGCCGACUUCCUCAUUUGUCUACACGAGGCGCCAAAUUAAUCUCGCUACCAUUUGUCCAGUUUAAAACUCGUUUGUGGUCCUGAUAUACCGAUGCCUUACCCUCAUUAAAAAUUAACAGGUUGUGUAAAACUGGCAACGCUUACCGACCAUAUGGUCCUUUGUCACUCCGGCAGCCUAAUAUGUUAUCGCGGUUUAUUUUGACUCUCCACAGUGCUGUUAUGAGACGGAAUUUGGAAUCAUUAUGAUGUCAGAUUAAAAGCAUGAUGAUAUUUGCAGAGCUGCAUUUAUUGAGGAUUUUACUUUCAAAUUAAAAUAUGUUUUGUGUCCGGCACUCUUCAGCGGUGGGGUCAUUUUUAUGCGACUGUUUGGGACCGCAGCGUCUGCAAGUCCCUUUGGAUUACCUAUGGCGGGGCUGGUAAGCUUCAGGACCCCCAUUAAUCAUCAACAGGAUUGUUUACUCAGAGUGAAAAUAGCCUUGCAUGUGACACGAAGUGUCUGCAUGAAACGAUCCGCUUUGAUUCGGGCAUUCCUCUACAUCAUUCGAAAAUAAACAUGACCGUUCAUGAAGUGGUAACUUCGGAGCAGGGACGCGUAUUCGAUAAACAUAACGACCGCAGCUGAACCUUUUCAUGUUUAACUUAUUAAAUUUCUGCGAUCAAUUUCUUUCUGGAAUUGUGGGUGCAUUCUAUCAUGUUAGAAUUUUUCAAAGGAUGCAUUAUGUUGAAAGAAUAUUGACCAGUUUCCCUGUCAUGGUGUUUUCUUGUUAUAUUUUAAGUGAGAGUUUUUGUUCAUUCAGAAAAUUCUGCUAGCCGGGUCACUUCUUAUCAAGGACCUUUACAUGUAUAAUCAAAAUAAUGAAUGUGUUUAAAUGAACUCCAGCCCUUCAUCAAAUUGAACUGAAGCCAUCUUAUUCUAAAAUAAUCUUACACAGUUUCCCUUGCACUGUUUGUUGUGAAAUCAUCACUGAGUUUGUAUUUUCUUUUCUUAAUUUCUUAAAUAAAUACAUACACAAAUUCAUGAAUUCAAAUUCGGAGCAGUAUUCCCAUACACUAUCAAAACCAUAUCAGGAUUGGUCCUUUGUAUUGAAACGUUUAAGUUUCCUGUAAUUUUUUCUUUUCCAAGUUUACAAACUUUGAAGCAUGCUCACUUCAAGCUAAAUAUUUGGGGUCAUCUUAAACGGAUAAAAAAAUAUAAACUACUGUGUCGGUACGGUAAAUAUUUUACAGUGUUGUGAUAAAAAUAUUAGAUUAAAACUUAGAGCUUCUUAAAUUAAAUUACGUAAAUUAAAUUUAGGAUUGCACAAUACCCGAUUUACUGUAUGUACAUUUAAUUUGCACUGUUCACAUUGUAUCAGUCACGUGUUUGUUCCGUUGAAGCCAUAACCCACUGUCUUUGUUGUUGACGCAUGUCAUCUGGGAUAUGUCGUUUGUCUGGUCUUCGUACCCAACCUAGCUAAAUUCGUCUAUUCGAUGCGGUUUAUCUGUUGUGUUAUCGACUAAGUAACCGUUUUCUUCGAUCUUUCCUGACUUUUUGUAGGCUAUUAUAUUUGAUGUAUUAAAUGCCAGGGAUGACAAGA